UUGAUGCAUGGAGAUAUUGAAAUUGUGGACAAGGAUACCAAUGAAAAAGGAACAUGCUUCAGAUUCAAUGUGCAUCUCACUUUUUGUGAGAGUGAGACAAUGUUGGAUUAUGGUGGUGAUACAAUAAGCAGGGAAAAUAUAGAGCAUGGACAAACUGAUGCAAACCAGGCUCAGGCCGGUCGAACCAUUCAAGCUAAUUCUACUUCUGCAGCUUCAAGCAUAUGUUCCAUGAGUCCAAGGUUAGAUGUUUGCAGCUCUAGUCCUAGUCCUGAGGCAUCCCAAGUUGUUCUUUUGAUUGCAGACAAGGAGCGUCGAAGGACUUCACAAAGGUUCAUAGAGAGCUUAGAGAUUGAAGUUGAAGUUGUGAAGAAAUGGGAAAAUUUGUUUGAUACUCUCAUAAAGAUCAAACAAAAGGGUCAUCACAAUUCCAAUGGCCAAAAUUCUCCUAAAGAGUCUUCAGAUUUGAGUUCUUGGUCCACAUCUCAUGAUUCUUAUCUCAAAGCCAGAGGAAUUCCUAUAGAUGGAAAUGAGCACAUAUCUUCAAUGUUGAAGAAAACAGGUAAUGGAGCUGCUCCAUGUUUCAUCCUAAUUGUGAUUGAUGCAAAUGCAGGACCAUUUUGUGAACUUAGUGAGAUUGUAUCCAAUUUCAAGAAGAAAGACCUUCCAAACCCUUGUAAGGUUGUUUGGUUGGAUAAGCCACUUAAGCGUAGUGUCAAUAUUGAAACAAUUGAUGAAAAUGACAUUGUCUUAUCCAAACCAUUUCAUGGUAGCCGCUUAUUCCAAGUUAUAAAGCUUCUUCCUGAGUUUGGUGGUGAUUGGCAAAGCAAUUCUAGUGAGGCUAAAGCAGAAGGUACUCUUCAUGUGAUGAAAAGUUCACACGAAUCCUCAAUUGAUGAAAGCUCAUUUCAAAGUGGUGAAGUGCAAAUUUUGAAGACAACUCCUCAGAAAUCCCAUGUUAGCGGAGAGACACAAGAAUGUGGAGACUCAAGCAAUAGCAAACCCUUAAGUGGCAGGAAAAUUUUGCUUGUUGAGGACAAUCUAGUGUUACAAAAUAUAGCUUUGAAAACUUUGAGAGACCUUGGUGCUACUGAUAUUGAGAAAUGUGUGAAUGGUGAAGAAGCUGUGCUACUAGUUGAUGAGGGACUCAAACGAGAGGAUGCUGAUCCUCCUUAUCAUUACAUCUUAAUGGAUUGCCAGAUGCCAGUUAUGGAUGGAUUUGAAGCAACAAGGAAAAUACGAGAGAUGGAGAAGUCAUAUGGUGUUCACAUUCCCAUCAUUGCAUUAACUGCUCUCAGUGAGAAAAUUACAGCAGAGGCUGGAAAUGGAAUGGACUUUCAUAUAGUCAAGCCAAUCAAAAGAGAGAAUUUACUUAAAGCCAUGAGAUCCGUACACACAAAAAAGAGUGACAUGUAG